AAGGUUUAGGUGCGUAUUAAACGUCGUGAAGGCCUUGCUCAAGGAAGUACCUUUGUCAGCUACACAAUUUUUGGCCGUGCUGUAUGCAGAUUUCUGUGCAACGAGUAUUGCAUGUGUUCUGAUUUAAAAUUAAAGAUGUCCUCGUCGUCCGUUCGUGUUGGUUCUUAUGGCGCGAUGUGGGGUGACUCACGUAUCGCUUUUCCUCAGCUUCUCGAAAAUGGAAAUGUGGAUUUUCUAUUAAGCUACUCGAUAUAAUGUAUUGCUAUUGCAUUGCAUAGAAGCUCACUCAACCAGCUAAGUGCGAAAGCUUAGCUUCUAAGGGAGAAAGAAGAGGGGAACUCAUACUCACUCAGGGAGACAUAGCGUUAUAGACGACGAGCUAAUUUAUUGCCUUUAAGUCUAGUCGCCGAUUACCUGGCAGAAUUUACUAUGGGGAUCUUGGCGACGCAAAAGGAGAAAAACAGCGAACAGGGAUGGUGUCGGGAUUUCGUUUUGCGCGAGAUGCGUACGUAUCUUCCACGUGUACUGGAGAAGAAUUAAGGCUCCUACCUGUUCAAUGGAUUGACCCUCCUUCGACGUGAGAAGCGUCUAACUAUCUUACAUCUUGCGACCGUCACCGCCACGCACCAUUUCAUCGCAAACGGCUUGUUGAAAGGAAAAUAGAACUAACACGUGGCCAAAGAUGGCCACACUAUCGGAGCGUAUCUCUACGGCCGGUACUAGGAGCAGUAUCAUCAGGGAUCGACGCACACAUGACUUGACUUCAAAGAUGACUUCCACGCCCAAGAUGGAGUUGAUGGGGAAGGUCUAAAAUGAAGUCCGUAUAGUGGUCAACGCAGGUGGAACGAAUCCGCAUGGCUGUCGUAGUGCACUAUUGGAAUUAUGCAAGCAGUUGGGUGUCAAAUGCAGGAUCGGGCUGGUCUUUGGAGAUUCCCUCGACACGAACAAGGCGGAAGUUCCGCCAGACACUUAUGAAAGGUAGAAAAGCCGCACUCAUAGGCAACAUACGUAUGACAGGAGCAAGAACCGCGCUCAUAGUCAGCAUACGUAUGACAGGAGAAAAAAUCCUACUCAUACUUGUACCCAACACCAACAAACUAGCUACUGCUAGGAUUGAAAUAGAUCAAGAGGCUGACGUGAGAAAGUAGCUCCGAACUUUGUGACUUGUGCCAUGUGCUACGCAUGGAAUUCAAUGCAUAAGAUGGCCCGCGAAUGUUGACGCAUGUGCUGACGCUCCUGGAUCCUUGCAGCAACGUGAGAGACUUUCACACACAUGAGAGACAUGCAGAAACCUCGCGAACCUGAUAGGUGCGCCACGUUAAAGAAACCCGGGCGGUCAACUUGGCUGAUACUUAUCGCCACCAACAUGCGCAGCCAUAGACAGCCGGGGCCGCUCUCCUUUGGCUUUCAUGUUUUGACUCUAAAGGACUCCGAAACUAUCAAAGCCCACGCAAUAAAGGCAGCCACUCCUCGAGUCGCCUGCGUCUACUCUAGAGCCAAUGCCUAUCGUGUUCCUUUUCAACCCUCAGAAGAGAACUCACGUCAGCGCU